AUGAAAGUAGCUGUCUUUGGACUACCUGCUUCAGGGAAGGGGACACUUUGUGCCAGGCUGAAAGAGAAGAUGAACCUGACUCACAUUUCUAGUGGUGAUUUGCUGCGGGAGUACAUGAGUGAAAUGGGAAGCAGUUGCAGUCUGGGCAAGACACUUGGAAAUGGGAACUUUGCUGGUGAUGAACUGAUAAUCCAUCUCAUUCGGAAUGCACUUCCAUCUGAUGGGUACUUGUUGGAUGGGUUUCCUAGGCGAAUUAGCCAAAAGGGCGUAUUUCCAGUUGAUGUUGCGGUAUUCAUUCGCAUUGAGGUGGAUACGGCAGUGGAGCGAAUGAGGGAUAGGGCAGAGAAGGAGGAAGUGGUGCGGUCUGAUGACAACACGGAUGCAUUCAGGCAGCGAAUCAAGAACUACAACGAGUUGACUAUGCCAGUGAUAGAGGCAUUCAGGGCGGAGAACAGGCUGAUUGAGGUUGAUGGUGAGAGAGAGAAGGACGAGGUGGUUGCUGAUGCAAUGGGGCAGCUGGAAUCAAUGAAGUGA